GUCACUGUCCUCUCAGUCUCCCCCUCCUCUGAUCGGUGUUCCUGUGAAACCGAGUCCGGCCGACACUUAAAAGAUGUUAGGAUUCGUGACAUCCAGACAGUUGUUCCUCGUCACCGAGGGGAACGGACAAUGAUUGUACGCGGCCAGUAUGCAGAAGAGAUGGGCAAAUUGGUUGACCGCAUCGACAAGACAUCUACGGCUCGCAUCUACCUCCUGUCCUCGGGAAAGGAAAUUGUGGUGCCCUUUGAUGAUGUAUGCAUGUUGGCAACGGUCGUCCGCAGUUUAAACGAUCCUGCUUACUUUGUUGACAUGCCAUGUGACUUUAAGAACACUUCUGUAACGUGUCUGCACAUCGAGUUUCCUCGACUCGAGGUGUUGAGUAUCCUGAGCGGAUGCUUCUCCUUCGAAGAAGCAAACCUCGGAAGCCGCCUUGGACGUCACCGAUGUUCGGGUUUACAGGACUUCCCUGCCUAA